AUGUCUACAACUCAGAGAAGUGAGGGAAUGAAUGCCUUUUUUGAUGGAUUUAUCAAUUCUACAACAACACUUCAACAAUUUGUGGUCCAAUACGACAAUGCACUUAGGGUAAAGGCCCAGAAGGAAAUAGAAGCCGACUUCUCCUCCAUGAACACCACUAUUGCAUGUGAUUCUCAGUCACCAAUUGAGAGACAAUUUCAAGUGGAAUACACACAUGCAAAGUUUGAGGAGGUCCAAACUGAAUUCCGUUCAAGGAUGAAUUGUUUCAUCAAAGACACCUUAAAGGAGGACUUGUGGAACACUUACACUGUAAAAGAGGAACGAAUGUGGGAGGGUAAUCGUGUACCAGAUAAAUUUUACAAAGUUCAAUUUGAUUCCAUCACACAGACAACCACUUGCUCUUGCCAACUCUUUGAGUUUAGAGGAAUUAUAUGUCGUCAUUCCCUCUUGGUAUUUGGUCAAGAAGAUGUUUACAGUGUUCCCUCACAAUACAUUUUGAGAUACAAACUGUUGUGCAAACGUGUUUAUGAAAUUGCUGAAGUUGCAUGUGAGUUUGAGGAAGCUAGUACUGAAUUGGAAAAAGAACUUAAUUGUUUGGGUACAAAAUUUGGGUUCAGUUCUUCCAUGACAAAUAACAUCAUCAGUGAUGCAGGCCAACUAAGAUACGAUAUUGGUGCAUGCACGUCAAUACCACUUAGUCCAGUUGGAACAUCUGAUGUCCUUGUACACAGUCCUGCAACUGUUAAGCGAAAAGGACGUCCACGCACAAAUAGGUUGAAGUCCACUGUUGAGAAAAAAACCAAAAGAAGAAAGUCAAGUUCAUUCACAAACACUUCAACACCACCCACCGAACAAUGCGGCGAAAGACCAAGUAAUGUUGUUGAAUGUGAUCACCGUGAACAAUUUGAAGCCGACACUAUCCAACUAUCACAAGAUACCGAAAUGGGUCAUUUUGGAUUUUUGUCGUUGUUGUCAGCUGUACAUAACAAUUUUGAUAACAACAUCAACUGA